CACACACACACACACGCCCCGCCCCUUCAGCUGUGUCUUUUUUUUCUCCCUUUUUCUGGGGUGACGUCACCGCGCGGCGUUCCGGCUGGAGUUGAAGAUGGCGAGCGCAGAGACAGCGGCGGAACACGAGCGGAUCCUCCGGGAGAUUGAAAGCACCGACACAAACUGUAUCGGUCCUACACUCCGAUCUGUGUACGAUGGCCAAGAGCAUGGGCUCUUCAUGGAGAAGCUGGAUGGGCGGAUUCGCAACCACGACCGCGAAAUCGAGAAGAUGUGCAACCAUCAUUUCCAGGGCUUUGUGGACUCCAUCACAGAGCUGCUUAAAGUUCGUGGAGAGGCACAAAAACUCAAGGGUCAAGUGACUGAAACCAAUCAGAAGCUGCAGAAUGAUGGCAAGGAGCUACUGACCGCGAUGGAUGAUCUGACACGAUGUCGUUUGCAGCAGAGGAACAUUGCCACCACCAUCGACAAACUCACACACUGCCUGCCAGUGCUGGAAAUGUACAGCAAGCUGCAAGAACAGAUGAGGGCCAAAAGAUACUACCCUGCGUUGUGCACUUUGGAGCAGUUGGAGCAGAACUGCCUGCCGAAGGCGGGACAGUAUCGCUUCUGCGCCAUCAUGGCUGAGAACAUCCCAGUCUUGCGCACACACAUCAGAGACGUCUCCAUGUCUGACCUCAAAGACUUUCUGGAGAGCGUACGUAAACACUCGGACAAAAUUGGAGAGACUGCAAUUAAACAGGCACAGGUGAGAAGCUCUCGCGACAGUGCGAUCACACGGCAGCAGCGGGCUGGCAGUGGGUGGAGGUUGCGUAAGGAGGCUGGCUCAGGUACAGAGGUUGACCGGUCAGGUGGCAGCCCUCAAUCAGAAGAGGAUUCUGGGAUAUUAGAUGUGGAGGAUGAGGAUGAUGAUGAGGUUCAUGGUGCUCAGGACUUGGUGGACUUCUCUCCUGUUUAUCGCUGCUUGCACAUCUAUACAGUUCUAGGUGCUCGGGAUACAUUUGAGAACUACUACAGGAAGCAGAGGAGGAAACAAGCUCGACUAGUGUUGCAGCCACAUUCAAACAUGCACGAAACCCUGGAGGGAUAUAGGCGAUACUUCAAUCAAAUUGUAGGUUUUUUCGUAGUGGAGGACCACAUCCUUCAUACUACCCAAGGCCUAGUGAACAGAGCUUAUGUGGACGAGUUAUGGGAACUAGCUCUGUCAAAGACCAUCGCAGCGCUCCGUACUCACUCGUCAUAUUGCACUGACCCUGACCUGAUCCUGGAUCUGAAAAGCCUGAUAGUCCUGUUUGCAGACACACUACAGGGUUAUGGGUUUCUAGUAAACCAGCUGUUUGACAUGGUGCUUGAGAUGAGAGAUCAAUAUGGAGAGAUUUUGCUGAAGAAGUGGAAUCAGUCCUUUAGGAAAAUCCUCGAUCAGGACAAUUACAGUCCCAUUCCUGCAGCAACAGAAGAAGAGUACCGGCAAAUCACAAGCCAGUUCCCCUUCCAAGACUCAGAACUAGACAUGAUGCCUUUCCCAAAGAAUCCCUUUUCUGAAUUUGUACCCAAAGUCUACUCGCAACUCAAGGAGUUCAUAUACGCUUGCCUCAAAUACUCUGAGGACCUGCACCUUAGUUCUACAGAAAUUGAUGACAUGAUACGCAAGUCUACCAACCUGCUGCUCACAAGGACCCUGAGUCACUGCCUGCAGUAUGCCAUCAAAAAGAAGAAUGUGGGAUUAGCAGAGUUGGUUCAAAUCAUUGUAAAUACGACGCACCUUGAGCUGUCUUGUCACUACCUGGAAGAGUUUAUCUCCAACAUCACCAACGUUCCUCCCGACACCUCUAACACCACCAAACUGUAUGGCACCUCCACCUUUAAGGAUGCAAGGCAUGCAGCUGAAGAAGAGAUCUACACCAACCUGAAUCUAAAGAUCGAUCAGUUCCUGCAGCUGGCAGAUUAUGACUGGAUGGCAGCUCAAGGGGGCGGUCAGGCCAGUGACUACCUGAGUGACCUUAUUGCCUUCCUCUGCAGCACCUUUGCUGUGUUCACACAUCUGCCUGGCAAGGUUGCUCAGACAGCAUGUAUGUCUGCGUGUAAACAUCUGUCCACCUCCUUGCUGCAGCUGCUGCUUGAGGCUGAUGUCAGACAGGUAUCUAUGGGAGCACUGCAGCAGUUCAACGUUGACGUCAAAGAGUGUGAAAGGUUUGCCAGGGCCGGCCCGGUGCCUGGCUUCCAGGGGGACACUCUGCUGCUCGCCUUCAUCGACUUGAGACAACUGUUGGACCUCUUUACUCAGUGGGAUUGGUCUACAUACCUUGCUGACUAUGGACGUCCGACCUGCAAGUACCUGAGGGUCAGCCCGCAUACUGCCCUGGCCCUCCUGGAGAAGAUGAAGGACACUAGUCGGAAAAACAAUGUCUUUGCUCAGUUCCGUAAGAACGAACGUGACAAGCAGAAGCUCAUUGACACCGUCGUCAAACAGCUGCGGAACCUUAUUGCCAACCAUCAGUCCUGAGUGCAUCCGUCAGUCACGACUCCCCACCCCUUGCAAGACAUGUGGGAUAGACAAGAAUUGUCGUAUGGGUGCCAUUGGUCUUUCACAAUAAGUAUUUGUAUUAUGCAAAAGCUAAGUUACGGUUCCAGCUAUGCCAGUUUUGCAGUCCUAUACCCAAGACUUUUAAUGUCUUCCUGACCGCAUCUCAUUGGCUUCAGCACCCGUGAACCUUGAAACUGCUCUCCUGUCUUCCUACAUGACCAUGUAAGCACAGCAUAGGGUUACCAGUGGUGGAGCCCUUUUUACACCUGUCUCUAUGAGACUUUAGUUAUUAGUUUCACAUGUCUAGCAACCGAAUAUCUGACAGAAGGGACUUUUAAGCAUAUUAUCUGCAGGAAUUCUACAGUGUCUAGAAACAAAGCUUGUGCAUUUCUUCUUUUUUUGUGAGAUGUUUUACAUUCAGCUUGAACAGAACAACAAGAUCAAUUCAGUAAAAGAAGGAUUUUUUUUUUUUUUUUACACUGGCUAAGUAAAUAAUUUACUUCAUUUCAUUUGAAUGUAUUUAAUAAUGGUAAUUACAAAAAGGUCUGUUUUGAGAUCAAAUUACUUUUAAUACAUAAAUCAGAUUCUCUCUUCAUGUUUUGUUUUUCUCACUUGGUAUCUUUUUCCACAGCGUUUCUAGUCAAUGUAGCCAUUCUGUCCUGAAUGCUGAAAGUCCCCAGUUUAUUUUAAACUUUUCUUAAUAGAGAGAAGUAAACCUAUAUAUUUAAUACCCUGUAUAUUGUAGUCUUAAGCCACUGCACAGGACUGAAAGCUAAAUGAGCUGGAACAUGGUCACUCAUUGCUGAUAAAAGGUUCUGUAAUUCCCUUUAAAUAGAUACUAAAAGCAAAAACAAGUCGCAAGCGAGUUCUGUUAUGGCCUUAACCUACCGCAGGAUCUCGUAUCAGCUGCUGUUAUUCUGUACAGACUAGUUUAUCAAGAUAGAACUUCAGCAAGGAACAGCUCACAGCAUUGUUACCUGUAUAAUGUGCCUGGGUGUGUGCGUGCAUACUUUUGUGCUGUGGGUUAUUGGGGUCUUUAUUUAAUUGAUGAGAUUUUCUCAUCAAGUGGGUGCAAUAUUACUUUUAUUUUCAGAGAGGGAAUAUUCAUCAAAUCGUAGGGAAGUAGGUAAAGUCUUUUAUUGUCAACACGGAGGUAAUUGUUUUGGUUUUACUGGUUGUAGAUCACUGUUUUGUGGUGUGUGUGUGUGUGUGUGUGUGUGUGUGUGUGUGUGUGUGUGUGUGUGUGUGUGUGUGUGUGUGUGUGUGUGAGAGUAAGAGAGUAAUUUGGAUGUUCAGGGGGGCACAAUGAGUGUGUAAAGUUUCUUUUGUGGUUGUGUUCGUUGUUUUUCCUUUGUUUCUAUAAUUGAUUUUAAUCCUCUGUACCUGUACUUGGGCUUAGUGACCGAGCCACAGAAUUGUGUGUCUGCGUACAUGUGUACGAGUGUGUGUGUGUGUGUGAUUGAGAGAGAUUACAUAUGAGCAGUGUUGUGUGAAUUUAUAGGAAACCUUUAUUCAUUUUGAUGUACAGAAUGUUAUGUUAAACCACUAAUGAAUGACCUUCCAAUACUAAUAGUCUAAAACAAAUGUCAACCAAUAUCAAAUAAAAUAAUAAUGACCAA